AUGUACAAAGUUGACAAGGCCUCCAUGAUUCCAGCAGUGAUGCGGAAUGAUCCAUGCCUAGCGGCUCGCCCGGAUAUGCGGCGUUCCAUGGAAGAGUGGUGGGGCGGCUCGUUGUGGGAUCCGCGUGAUCCAUCGUCUGGAGAGUUUUUUGGCACCGACUUCACGUGUGGAUCGAGCAUGCGUGAUGUGCUUGCAGCACUGCGGCUUUCGGAUGGCGAGAGCGAGCGGCUGGCCUUGGCGGUCGCAGAGGGGGAUUUGGUCGAGGCAGAAAGGCUCCUUGCAGCCUCAGCGGAUGUGACCCCUGCCUUGCAUUUGGCGCUUCAGAUUGGGGCCGCCCCGCAGACCGUCGAGCUCCUAGCGGCCUGCUGCUCUCGGCUGAACGUUUGGCUGCCAGAGCCUGCUGUCGUGACGUGGGCUAGGGCCACUUGCCGCGCAGCGCUGAGCGGUCGGCCCCUGCGUGGUGCGACAGCCAAGCUGGACUCGCUGCUCCUGGCAGGCGCGGAUGUGAACUCUAUUGGCAGGGGCUGCGAGACGGCACUUCACAUCCUUGCACGUUGCAAAUUGGAACAAGACCUCUUUGCACUCCGCUUGCAAAGCACGAUUGACGUGCCUGCUCUUGCUUUGCCAGGCAACGGUCAGUGGCGCAGUGACAGCAAUUUGACACAAUGCGCAGAUGCGAGCAUGGCCGACGGCGAGAGCUCUUCUGCGCUUGAAAGGCUGUCUGCGACACAGUGCACGGAUCUCUUGGUCUCCAAACGGAAGACAUAUGCCAUGCGACGCUAUCACCAUGCCAGGCCGGCAGAUGUACAUCACAUAUCCGUCAGCGAUGCAGUUUCACUCCACUUCACUACAUACGCACUUCAUCCCACUCGCUCGCAUUCAUCGUACUUGGGCUUGUCUCCUACUGCCUUACAUGUUUGA